AUGACGGAAACGACCAAUGGCAAGAUUCCGCAGUAUACGAGUGAAGAGCUGUGCAUCGACGAAGAGUACGGCAUAGAUCACAGUGACAUCAACCAUAUGGCAGACGAAGAGCAAUUCGGAUUUGAGUCUUGCCAACAAGUCUUUGAUUAUAACCGAAAUAUCCCGGGUGAGGAAAUUUUAGGUAGUCAGCUCGAAAGUGAUCUCGUAAGGGCCGUUGAAGAUCAGUUCCUCCAGCAAAACAGUCGGAAUGAAAAUAUCCAGGAUAAUAUGCAACAAUUGGCAGAAAGUUACGACGAAAUACAAAGGUUGAAAGGAGUUAUUUCCAGUCUAAAAAGGCAGUUGAAAGAGUUGAGUUCGGAAAUAGAGAUCAAUAAAGACGCCAACGGAAGAUAUAAGCGGUACUGA